GACAGAGGGACAGACAGACGGAGGGACAGACAGACGGAGGGACAGACAGACGGGGGCAGAGAGAAGAUGGUCUCAGACUGGAGUCCGCUGCUCCUGCCAGUACUCUGCAGACGGCAUGGACUCUGAGUCUUUGGAUCGCUGCAUCCAGAAAGCUCUGGCAGGCCUCUACCCGCCCUUCCACGCCACGUCUCCCACCCUUCUGUGUCAGGUCCUCAGCGUAGUGGACAGCUGCUUCAGAGGAGACGGCCUUCGCUACCUCAUCCACUUCCUGCUUCCUGCAAAGAACCUACUGCAGAACCUCCAGCAGGAUGCCUGCUCUCUGUUCUCUGGUCUGCUGUUCCGCCAUGAAGGCUGGCCUCUCUGCAUCCAUGAGAAGAUAGUUGUUCAGCUUUGUCCUUUGGACCAGCACCUCCUCCAUCCAGGAGACUUUUACCUGCUGGUUUCUCCUGCUGUUUCUGCAGCACACAGCACCUCCUGCAGGAACAGCACCUCCUGCAGGAACAGCACCUCCUGCAGGUACAGCAUCUCCGCCAACCCCCGUCUGCUCCUGUGCAGCGUUUCUGCAGGCAGUCGUCAUGUCCAGCAGCAGGAGGUGCCGGUUGAGGCUCUGACGUCGCUCUUUAGCAUGGCAUGGCUGGACUCUGUGAACAGGGAGAGAGAGCGACGAGGGGUCACCAAGCUGGAGCGGUGCAUCCUCUCUGUCCACGGAGACGUCUUCAGGGUCCCCUGGGAGGACGUGGUUUACCCUCAGUUCAUCAAUCAGCCACGGACCACCUCAAACCCAGAGGGGGAGUCCUCUGUGAAGGACAAGAAUGAUCCAAACCCCUCAGAGAAGGACGUGAAGCUCCUCCCUCUCCCAAUCAGACCCGACCAAUCAAAAGCAAGUGUUGAUGAUGAAGACUCUGAGGGGGAGUAUGUGGAGCUGACAGAGCUGCCUCGGUUCUCCCCACAGAAAGGAUCCCUGACCCAGUCUAUCAGCCUGCAGCACAGAACCAGGACAACCACACACACCGCUACACACACAGGUACACACACAGGUACACACAUACAUGCUGCUAAUGUGCAGAGGAGGAGCACGGCUCACACCAGCACAGAAACAUCCCCAAACACCAGCACACCACCUGCUGCUGCCGCACACUCUUCCACCACCAACAGUCAUACGCACUCCUGGUCCUGCUCUGAGGUCAGCACACACACUCUGCAAUGCUCCAAACUCCUGGAGGAGAACUUCAGCCAGGAUUCAUCUGGAGAUCUCCACAGAACUCCUGAGGUGAAGGAGCAAACAAAAGCUACCAUCCCAGAAGGGAGCCAUGACGGGCCCCCUGAACCUGAAAGCUGCACGCUGGAUGGAGAAGGUUCUAGCUGCGAAUGUCCCCCAAUCCAGUUAAACAUCAGCGCUGACUCAGGUCCAAAGGAACCAGAAAAACCAUCAGCUCCAUCACGGUCUUUCCAGUCCAGCUUCCACAGCUUGUUGCUGAGGUCUGGAGCGGUGUGUCUGCCUGGAACCAGAGACAGAGGAGGACGAACGCUGCUCACCGUCUCCACCUCCAACCCCAUCUGGCUGAACCCAGACUGUGACCAUGAGGAGCUGCUCAGCAUCCUGCUCUACUACACCUCUACCCUCAGUACGGAGGCUCGAGCAAAGGGGCUGACGGUGGUGGUGGAUGCCCGCAGUGCUGCUCCUCCUUCUGUCCUCUUCUCUGCCCUCUGGACUCUGCAGGAGGACGCGUCUGUCUCCAUCCACGCUGUGCUAAUCCUGGCUAGCAAAGGCUGGCUGCAUGUGGACCAAGCUGCUCCUGUACAGGUAACCUCAGCACCUGAUCAGCCUCCGCUGCUGCUCACAGAGCCGGCUCACCUGUCUCUGUACGCCAUGCAGGUGGAGGUGCUGAGCUCUCUGAAGUCUCUGCAGAGACACGUGGAGCUCCAGCAGCUUCCUGCAGAGUUUGGAGGAUCGUUUGGCUUCAGUCAGAGCAGCUGGAUCAGCUUCAGAUCGAGGGUCGAGCAGCUAACCCAACAGUGCACAAGCGUCAUUAAUCUGCUACAGGAAACCAUCAGCAAUCUGCAGAGGACGCCGUUACCUGCUGCUGCUGAGGACGCAGAGCUGCUGCUGUCCAACUUCAGGGCUGUGAUGUGCAGCACUCUGAAGGACGUUAAACUGCUCCAGCUGCAGCAGGAGGGCGGAGCCUCCCUGGCGUGGCUACGUAGGGAGGAGGUCAGCGGAGCGUCAGAGGAGCAGCGGGCCACCGUGGAGACGGUGUCGUCCCUCUAUGAUCAAGUGGACGAGCUGCUGCACCGCCUGGUGACUCUGUCCAACUCCAAGACGCAGGAGCUCAGCUUCAUCGUCGAGUUCAGGAACCUGGAGACGGGUUUCAACCAGGUGAAGGCGUGGCUUGACGAGGUCGGUGAGCUCCGUCUGAAGGCCCUGAACGAACCUGCAGAUUCCCUGGAGCUUCUGAACAGCAAACAGGAGGAGUUCAAGGAGUUCGUCACCACGGCUUACGACCGCUGUAAACAAGGUGAGGCUCUGCUGUCCCGUCUAGAGCGCUGGGAGGACGUCUCUUCACCGGACCUCCACGCCUACGAGGUCAAAGUUCACUCAUUCUGGGCUCAGCUGCAGGACUUCUCUCAGCGGGUCAAAGGAACCGGGCAGAACUUGGAGCGGGCCGUGCAGCUGUACCGCUUCCUGGAUCAGGCCUAUGGCUGGGCGUUGGAGGGAAUGCGUCAGCUGGCUGGACUCUCCAUGGAGGACUGCAUGCUGCCAGACAAAUGCCGCGCUGUGAUUGGCUUCCUGGAAGACUACCAGUCCAAUCACCCACCAAUCCCAGAGAGCCGUUUCCAGAAGAUGAAGGCGGAAGCAGGCGAGCUGCGGGGCGAGAGCGGCCUCCGCCAGUGGAGCUUCGCCUGGUCCAAGUGUCAGGAGGCCAAGAAGAUGUUUGACAGGAAGAUGGAGGCGGCGGUCAGCACACGAGACUCCGCCCACAGGCACCGCUCCAACUCUGUUGUCAGCACAAGCUCCGCCUCCUCCAGGAAGUCAGGGCUGUGGGGGAUUCUGGAGACCUCCUCCGGAGAGGAGCCCGGCGCCUCCCCCUCUCCACCCGCCCCCCAGAGAAAACCUUUCUAUCGCUAUCUGCUCCGAAGCUCCUCCACCUACGAGGAGUCAGAGCGGCGGGACGUCUGCUCCCCCAUCGCCAACCACUCCUCCCCCAGGUUCACCUCCCCCUCCUCCCCCAGCUUCCCUCCCUCCUCCUCCUCCUCCUCCUCCUCUAGGAGGCAGCAGCUGAGGAAGACGCAGAGCUUCGACUCCCCGUCGCUAACUUCUGACAUGUCCCGGUGCGGCGCCAAUCCACGGACCCUCAGCGAGCCGCCGCGCCGAGGGAACACGGGCGUGUUCAUCCGCGGCCUGGAGGUCAGCAGCACCGAGGCGGCCGAUCGGACCCUGUGUCCCAGAACGCCGGUUCCUGGCUGGGCGGGCCCUCGGAGCCCGGAGACACCGGGGACCCCGGCAGGAGACGGCCGCCCCCGAGGAAGUAAAUUACGACACAUCGUAGAGGAGAUGGUGACCACGGAGCGCGACUACGUCCGCUCGCUGCGCUUCAUCAUCCACCAUUACUUCCCAGAGAUGGAGCGGGCCGACCUUCCUCAGGACCUGAGAGGGAAACGCUCCAUCAUCUUCGGCAACCUGGAGAAGCUGCUGGACUUCCACAGCCAGUUCUUCCUGAAGGAGCUGGAGGCGUGCUGGAAGCACCCGCUGAGGGUGCCUCACUGCUUCCUCAGACACCAGGAGCAGUUCAGCCUCUACGCCCUUUACAGCAAGAACAAACCCAAAUCUGACUCGCUGCUGGCUGCUCACGGCCACGCCUUCUUCAGGAGGAAGCAGCUGCAGCUGGGUGAUAAACUGGACCUGUCGUCGUACCUGCUGAAGCCCAUCCAGAGGAUGAGUAAAUACGCGCUGCUCCUCUCUGACCUCAUCAAAGAGGUGGACGUGGCUCAGGAGGCGGAGCUAAGCGCCCUGCAGGACGCCACCAACAUGGUCAAAUUCCAACUUCGCCAUGGCAACGACCUGCUGGCCAUGGACGCCAUCAGAGACUGUGACGUGAACCUGAAGGAGCAGGGUCAACUGAUCCGGCAGGACGAGUUCACGGUCUGCAGCGGCAGGAGGAAAUGUCAGCGUCACGUCUUCCUCUUCGAGGACCUGCUUCUGUUCAGCAAACCCAAAAAGAUGGAGGGAGGUCUGGACGUCUUCAUCUACAAACACUCCUUCAAGACCGCAGACGUGGGUCUGACCGAGUCCAGCGGGGACGACGGGCUCAGGUUCGAGAUCUGGUUCAGGAGGAGGACGGCCAAGAACCAGACCUUCAUCCUGCAGGCUGCGACGGCAGGCAUCAAACACGCCUGGACCGGUGACAUCGCCCGGAUCCUGUGGACCCAGGCCGCCCGCAACAAAGAGGUGCGUCUGAAGGAGCUGCUGUCGAUGGGCGUCGGCAGCAAACCCUUCAUGGACAUCCAGCCCAGCGACGCCGCCAUCAGCGACCGCGCCGUUCACUACAUCAUGAAGGCCAGAGGAGCCAGAACCCGCGCCUCCAUCGCCGUCUCCGCCUUUGACCACGCCCACCCCUUUAAGAGAGGCGCUCCAGCUGAGCCGCCGGCAUCAGGACCGUCCUCCUCCAGCCUGCUGGGCCCGCUCAACCUGCACAUGUUCAGCCAGUCCUCCUCCUCCUCCGCUCCUCCUGCCGCCGCCUCCUUCGGCUCUUCGUGCAUCGAGGAAGAUGAGCAGGAACAUGAGACCAGCAGUCAGCCCUCCAUGACCACAGAAAGUUCUGGCUCCUCCUCUCACUGCCUCUCUGGCUCCACGGGCUCCGACAGCGGCUGUGUCUCCUCCCACCUCCGAGAGGCGCUGCAGGAGGAACCCAGCGCCCUCUGUCCGACUUCCUCAUCAUCCUCAUCUUCCUCCACCGAACAGCACAGGAGACUCACCUCAGCUGAAGCUGCUGCAGUCGUCGGCGCCGCCACGAUCGUCUGACGCCGCAGUGAGUCAGCAGCAGUAAAGGUCAGCCGGGCUGGCUCUGGUGGUUCCAGGAGGAGGACUUUGGACUGGAGGUCAGCCGGCUGCUGAUCCAGGAUCAGCUUGUUGGUUUCAGGAGGACCGGACUGGUUCUGGUUCUGGUCCGGCUCGGCGCUCCGACUGUACAUGUGUGUAAAUAAGUUCUGCUGCCACUUUUCUAACCUGAGCAAUAAACACGUUUGAUGAAA